GUCAUUACUGUAUUGUGCAUGGCUUCUGUUGGUAAGUAUAAAGAGAGGUCGGUCACCAAGCAGGUAGAUCAUUAAAUGGUGAGUGACUAACGUACUGAGCUUAUUUACCGAGUACAAUGCAUAGUUUUUUUGUGUUAAUUAGAAAUAUAAAACUAACAAGGAUGUUUUUAAACCAUUUGUGUUGUUUCUUGCGUUGAGCGCUCUAAAUUUCACAGACGACAUAACCUCAUGGUGGUUUUGGUUUAGCUUAGGUUACUGUUAUGUGGUUGUAAAUAGUCAGCUAUAUAUAUAAUUCUAUAUUUGAAAAACGUGUAUGUUAUUGUGAACGGUUUGCAUACGUUAUUUGACCAAUGUUAUUAUGGGCGUAUGACCUAGCUGUAGCCACAAAUAUUGCUGCAACCAACUCAACUCUCAUGUUAGUAGUAUAUAGCUGACCAUUUCAAUCAUGAUUAUCUCUAGGUUUGAAUAGUUCGCUAUCGUAAUUCACACUUCGGUUCUUGAUGGAGAUGGAGGAUGGCAGACCUUUGUACGAGCUGAGGUUUGACGCCGCUGUCAAAGUGAUACAAAGCUUGCCUCCAGACGGUAAGGGCUUUAACUAAGGUCUAGGCUAUGUGCCACAUUGUAGCAAAGGCAAUUAAGUUAACCUACAUGCAGUGCAUUCGGAAAGUAUUCAGACCCCUUGACUUUUUACCCAUUUUGUUGUGUUACAGCCUUAUUCUAAAAUGGAUUAAAUUGUUCCCCCCCCCCCCCUCAUCAAUCUACACACAAUACCUUAUAAUGACAUACACACAAUACCCCAUAAUGACAAAGCAAAAAAUGUUUUUUAUAAAUUUUUACAAACGUAUAAAAAAAUAAAAUAAUGAUAUCACAUUUACAUAAGUAUUCAGACCCUUUACUCAGUACUUUGUUGAAGCACCUUUGGCAGCAAUUACAGCCUCGAGUCUUAUUGGGUAUGACGCUACAAGCUUGGCACACCUGUAUUUGGGGAGUUUCUCCCAUUAUUCUCUGCAGAUCCUCUCAAGCUGUGUCAGGUUGGAUAGGGAGCGUCGCUGCACAGCUAUUUUCAGGUCUCUCCAGAGAUGUUAGAUCGGGUUCAAGUCCGGACUCUGGCUGGGCCACUCAAGGACAUUCAGAGACUUGUCCCAAAGCCACUCCUGCCUUGUCUUGGCUGUGUGCUUAGGGUCGUUGUCCUGUUGGAAGGUGAAACUUCACCCCAGUCUGAGGUCCUGAGCACUCUGGAGCAGGUUUGGAGCAGAUCUCUCUGUACUUUGCUCUGUUCAUCUUUCCCCUCAAUCCUGACUAGUGUCCCAGUCCCUUCCGCUGAAAAACAUCCCCUCAGCAUGAUGCUGCCACCACCAUGCUUCACCGUAGGGAUGGUGUUGGCCAGAUGAUGAGCAAUGCCUGGUUUCCUCCAGAUGUGACGCUUGGCAUUCAGGCCAAAGAGUUCAAUCUUGGUUUCAUCAGCCCAAAGAAUCUUGUUUCUCAUGGUCUGAGAGUCCUUUAGGUGCCUUUUGGCAAGCUCCAAGCGGGCUGUCAUGUGCUUUUUACUGAGGAGUGGUUUCUGUCUGGCCACUCUACCAGAAAGGACGUUUGCUCAGUUUGGCCGGGCGGCCAGCUCUAGGAAGGGUCUUGGGGGUUCCAAACGUCAUCCAUUUAAGAAUGAUGGAGGCCACUGUGUUCUUGGGGACCUUCAACGCUGCUGACAUUUUUUGGUACCCUUCCGCAGAUUUGUGCCUCGACACAAUCCUGUCUCGGAGCUCUACGGACAAUUCCUUCGACCUCAUGGCUUGGUUUUUGCUCUGACAUGCACUGUCAACUAUGGGACCUAAUAUAGACAGAUGUGUGCCUUUCCAAAUCAUGUCCAAUUACCACAGGUGGACUCCAAUCAAGUUAUAGAAACAUCUCAAGGAUGAUCAAUGGAAACAGGAUGCACCUGAGCUCAAUUUCCAGUCUCAUAGCAAAGGGUAUGAAUACUUACGUAAAUAAGGUAUUUCUGUUUUGGUUAUUUUUAUAAAUUAGCAAACAUUUCUAAAAACCUGUUUUCGCUUUGUCAUUAUGGGGUAUUGUGUGUAGAUUGAUGAGGGAAAACAAAUAUUUGAUGUAACAAAAAAAGUCAAGUGGUCUGAAUACUUUCCGACUGCACUGUACAACAAAGCUGUCUGGGAGUAGGUCUAUUUGCCUUUUCUAUAGCCUGAAUUACAUUACAAUCAUUGAAAAAACAAAUAUGCAUUAAAAAGAAACAUGCAUAAAAACAAAAAUGAAAGAAAAGCAUUGCAAAUUUGAAUUUUAUAAAGUUAUUGUGGGAGAAGUAGAUUUUUUUUUUGUUAUCAAUCAAUAAUGACAAACCUCCUGGCAUUGACAACUUAGUUGGAAAGUUUCUGAGGAUGGUAGCUGACUCUAUAGCCACUCCUAUCUGUCAUAUGUUUAAUCUGAGCCUAGAGGAAAGUCUUUGUACUCAGGCCUGGAGGGAAGCCAAAGUCAUUCCGCUACCCAAGAGUGGUAAAGCGGCCUUUACUGGUUCUAACAGCAGACCUAUCCGCUUGCUGCCAGCUCUUAGCAAACUGUUGGAAAAAAUGGUGUUUGACCAAAUACAAUGCUAUUUCUCUGUAAACAGACUUUCAGCAUGCUUAUAGAGAAUGGCACUGUCCAUGGUAAAGAGAUGCUUUGCUUUCUGACACCACACUCCACAAAGCAAGUCCUGCAGGCUCCAGUUUUAUCUUAUCUUGAUUAUUGUCCAGUUAUAUGGUCAAGUGCUGCAAAGAAAGACCUUGUUAAACUGCAGCUAGCCCAGAACAGAAUGGCACGUCUUGCUCUUCAUUGGAAUCAGAGGGCUAAUAUCAAUAAUAUGCAUCUUGGCUAAGAGUUGAGGAGAGACUGACUGCAUCACUUUUUCUUAUAAAAAACAUGAAUGUGUUGAAAAUCCCAAAUUGUUUGCACAGUCAACUUACAUACAGCUCUGACGCACACACUUACCCCAUCAGACAUGCCACCAGGGGUCUUUUCACAGUCUCCAAAUCCAGAACAAAUUCAAGAAAGCGUACAGUAUUAUAUAGAGCCAUUAUUGCAUGGAACAUUCCAUCUCUCUUAUUGCUCAAAUUAACAGCAAACCUGGUUUCAAAAAACAGAUAAAGCAACACCUCACGGCACAGUGCCUCUCCCCUAUUUGACCUAAAUAGUUUGUGUGUAUGCAUUGAUAUGUAGGUUACGUGUGCCUUUUUAAAAAUGUAUGUAGUUCUGUCCUUGAGCUGUUCUUGUCUAUUAAUGUUCUGUAUUAUGUCGUUUCAUGUUUUGCGUGGACCCCAGGAAGAGUAGCUGCUGCUUUCGCAACAGCUAAUGGGGAUCCUAAUAAAAUACAAAAUACCCAAAAUACAAUGAAAUUACAAUUAAAUGCAAUGUGUGUGAACCCCACAGAGUUUUCCAAAAGCCUGUCAAAUGUAAGAUUUAUUUGUAUUUUGUGUUUCCAUUCCAGGUUCCUUUCAGCCCUCUAAUGACAUGAUGCUCAAGUUUUACAGUUACUACAAACAAGCCACACUUGGACCAUGCAACAUACCCAGACCUGGCUUUUGGGAUCCGGUGGGCAAAGUUAAAUGGUAAUGCAAACAAAACCUUAGGAGCAUAGCCGCGGGAAGUAGUUUGAGGGUGGGGGUGCUGUGCUGGUGAGGGGGGGGGGUAAUAAUAAUAAUAAUCUGAUAAUACUUGUGGAAUAUAAAAAUACUUGCUUGAUAUAUGUUUUCCAGUUUCUUGAAGUACUUUGCAAAAUGCAACUUAUUUCUAUGUGAAAACUGAAAUGGUCUAUUCAUUCCUUUUCCAUUUUAGUAGGCACUCUUAUCCAGAGCAAUUUACAGUAGUGAGUGCAUACAUGUUCAUACUUUUUCCCAGUGGGAAUCGAACCCACAACCUUAGCAUGAAAGCGCCAUGCUCUACCAACUGAGCCACAUCGUCACAUCGCAUUAUCACAAACUUACUGUCUCAAUGUACUCAAUUACUGUAUUGUGCAUUGUUUUUCUUCAUGUUGAUGGAAAGUCUACAGGUACAAACCUAGAUGACCAGCCUAUGUACAAUAAAGUAAUGUGCAUUUACAUUAAGUGGUUUGUAAGGAUGGUAAAUUAAUACUGCACAAAAAGGGGUUGUUUUCCAUGUUAUUUGAUCAAGAAAAAUAUUUAAUUUGAUGUGGAUGUUUUGUGUCUUUGCCCAUAACGUUGCACCUUUUGAUGUAAAUGUUUGAGGACAGGGUUUUGUUCUUUCUGGAUUCCAUUAGAAUGACAAUCGUAGAGAAAGGGACAGGGCAACACCUUUUACAAUUCCAACUAUUGAAUCCUGCAAGAUACUGUUCUUAAUUAUACAACUACCUUUUUUGCUAAAGCGAAAUGCUGACAAUUUUUUUUUGCCUGCACUACAGACGUCUAUAUCGGUCCGCUAAUACUAGUAAAGGCCCAGUGCACUACUUUUGUGAAUGUUUUAUUUAUUUUUAUUCUGAUUGUUCAGGGGGUGCUGCAGCACCCUCAGCACCCCUACUUCCCGCAGCUAUGCGUAGGAGUCAAAUAAGGUCUUCUAACAACAGAGAUUCUGCACUGGAGUCCUAUUUGUUUUCUCUGUAUUGUCCUUGCAGUUAACUUUCCUAUUGCCACAUGUUGUCUGAUUAACUCGGGACCUGUUGUGCUGGAGAGGCAUGAUAUGUCAGGUCACCUUUUACCUACUUGGCGGGAGUUGACAGUGUUUACUUGUGUACAAUGUUUAUAGAUUGUUAAAGAAGAUGGCUACACUGAGCUAAUUCUCUUUUAGAAUUGACACUGAAGCUGUUUAGACGAUUACUGCUUUACUGGCCCUAACUUGUAGAGGUGGCAAGCCAGCUACUACUUAGCUCGAUGUGCUUCUGGGUCAUUGACCAAGUGGAUACUCUGCUGAUAACAAAUGGCAUGAUUAUGUCAUUACGAAUCAGGUUUGAGGCGUUACCGAGGUAACUUUGAUCAACUUUGAGUUCAACUCGGGAUAAGCGGUACCACGAAAGUGGCUCACUUUUUAGCCAGGUACAUUGCUAUGGCAAUGAAUCCUUCAGAACUAACCUGCUCCGGGCCAGGCUAAAUCAGGGCUAACUCCAUUUAUCCUGAAUGAAGUGUCUGAGCCGCGAGGUGAGGACCAAUGAAAUCAGAUUCCCUCCCUCUUGCAAAGAUUGCAUCAUCAUCCCCUUCUUUUGAGUAAGAUGACCGAUUUAAAUGUUUUAUUAAUCAAAUGUUUUUUUGUGUAUAAUAAAAAUAUAUAUUUAAGUUAAAAUACCUAUCACAUUUAAUAAUGACAGAAUGCAUUUAAAACAUAAUGCACAGUAAAACUUUUGUAGGACUUAAUACAAUUAUUUUAUCGAUAUGAGUGGGGAAAAAAGGUGCUCGUGCACACCAAAGACGGCAUGACGAUAAGUCAUAAAAUAAGGAUGUCACUUCUAAAAUUUUGCAAAUUUAUUAAAAUAUAAAAACUGAAAUAUUACAUUUACAUAAGUAUUCAGACCCUUAUUCAGUACUUUGUUGAUGCUCCUUUGCCAAUGAUUACAGCCUUCUUGGGUAUGACGCUACAAGCUUGGCACACCUGUAUUUGGGGAGUUUCUCCCAUUCUUCUCUGCAGAUCUUCUCAAGCUCUGUCAGGUUGGAUGGGGAGCGUUUCUGCACAGCUAUUUUCAGGUCUCUCCAGAGAUGUUCGAUCGCGUUCAAAUCCGGACUCUGGCUGGGCCACUUAAGGACAUUCAGAGACUUGUCCCUGAAGCCACACCUGUGUUGUCUUGGCUGUGUGCUUAGGGUUGUUGCCCUGUUGGAAGGUGAACCGUCGCCCCAGUCUGAGGUCCUAAGCGCUCUGGAGCAGGUUUUCAGCAAGGAUCUCUCUGUACUUUGCUCCGUUCAACUUUGCCUCGAUCCUGACUAGUCUCCCAGUCCCUGCCGCUGAAAACCAUCCCCACAGCAUGAUGCUGCCACCACCGUGCUUCACCGUAGGGAUGGUGCCAGGUUUCUUCCAGACGUGACGCUUGGUAUUCAAGCAAAGAGUUCAAUCUUGGUUUCAUCAGACCAGAGAAUCUUGUUUCUCUUGGUCUGAGAGUACUUGUAGGUGCCUUUUGGCAAACUCCAAGCGGGCUGUCGUGCCUUUUACUGGGGAGUGGCUUCUGUCUGGACACUCUACCAUAAAGGCCUGAUUGGUGGAGUGCUGCAGAGAUGGUUGUUCUUCCAUCUCCAGAGAGGAACUCUGGAGCUAUGUCAGAGUGACCAUCGGGUUCUUGGUCACCACCCUGACCAAGGCCCUUCUCCCCCGAUUGCUCAGUUUGGCCGGGCGGCCAGCUCUAGGAAGAGUCUUGGUGGUUCCAAACUUCUUCCAUUUAAGAAUGAUGGAGGCCACUGUGUUCUUGGGGACCUUCAAAGCUGCAGAAAUGUUUUGGUACCCUUCCCCAGAUCUGUGCCUUGACACAAUCCUGUCUCUAAGCUCUACGGACAAUUCCUUCAACCUCAUGGCUUGGUUUUUGCUCUGACAUGCACUGUCAACUGUGGGACCUUAUAUAGACAGGUGUGUGCCUUUCCAAAUCAUGUCCAAUCAAUUGAAAUUACCACAGGUGGACUCCAAUCAAGUUGUAGAAACAUCUCAAGGAUGAUCAAUGGAAACAGGAUGCACCUGAGCUCAAUUUCGAGUCUCAUAGCAAAGGGUCUGAAUACUUAUGUAGAUAAGGUAUUUCUGUUUUUUAUUUGUAAUACAUUUGCAAAAAUGACUAAACCUGUUUUCACUUUGUCAUUAUGGGGUAUUGUGUGUAAUUGAUGAGCAUUUUUAUUUUAUUUAAUCCAUUUUAGAAUAAGGCUGUAACGUAACAAAAUGUGGAAAAAGUGAAGGGGUCUGAAUACUUGCAUUGUACUCUAGGAGACUGUUAAUGUAGGUGAAUUGUUAAACAUCUUGAUCUGUCUACAUAGGGAUGCAUGGAGUGAUCUGGGAGAUAUGCCCAAGGAAGAGGCAAUGACGGCUUACGUUGAUGAAAUGAAGCUGGUAAGUGCAUACCAGCGUUGGCAUCUAUUCUAAUACAUUGUUGAUGAAUCCAGGAAGCGACUAGAAUUCUAUUCUUGAAUUGAAAUUUCCUUAGUUAAAUUAAGUUAAAAGGAAUUGACUCCAACCCGGAGGUAGAUCACUUUGUUGAUGAAAAUCUGUCAAUGACAUUCAGACAGGAUCGCCUGGACGUCAGUGGACACUAAAUGUGUUUGUUGUCGUGUUUAAACAACAGAUCCUUGAGGGCAUGCCCUGUACAGAUGAGGUAGAGCAGCUUCUAAAGGUGCUGGGCCCAUUCUACGAACAGGUGGAAGAGAAAAAGCAGAUAAAUCAGGUGUCAGACCUGUCUGCAGGUACUGUCACUACCGUUCUAAAUUGAUUUCAUAUUAAUUUUAUUAAUUUUAUUUGGAAUGUCUUCCAUUUUAAUGUAUCAAUUUCUAUCAUGUGCUCAGCCCGUUUGACAAGGUUUGCUAGGCAACUUGAAGGCAAGUGUUUGGACAUGUAUUAUUUACCCACAAUGACCUGCCCCUUAGUUAUGCCUGGUGUUGUAGUUCUGUAUAAAUACAUUUCUUUAAUCUUUUUGGGGGUUUAUAUUUUAGCUUUAUAUCUCCUAGUUUGGCUAAAUUAGAACUUAUCUCCUAGUAUAUCUCCUAGUUUGGCUAAAUUAGAACUUAUCUUCUAGUAUAUCUCCUAGUUUGGCUAAAUUAGAACUUAUCUCCUAGUAUAUCUCCUAGUUUGGCUAAAUUAGAACUUAUCUCCUAGUAUGUCUCCUUGUUUGGCUAAUUAGAAUGUAUCUCCUAGUAUGUCUCCUAGUAUAUCUUCUAAUUUGGCUAAAUUAAACUAAUAGUAACAUAUAGUUCUAUAACAUUGUAACACAGUUGUUGCUAUGCCAUAGGUUUUGGAACCAUGCUAACAUCAGCACCUUCAAAAAGUGUCACAAGGAGCAUCAUUAGGACAAUGGAAAUGAAUGGCACUUUGGAGACACGGCCACCCAGACAGGCUGUUGAACCUCCAAAGCCCAAAGUCAUGGCACUGAAAGAACAGGGGGAGGAAGAGGAGUUCGAGUUUGAUGAGGAAGAUGAGAUGGAGGAUGGAAAAUUAGAAAUUGUUGAGGUGAAAAAAGGUAUAUGUUGUCAAACAUUUGAACAUUAAAAAAAAAAGGAAAACGUUAAGCAGAAAUGCUUUUCUUAUAAUAAAUGUUUUUUUUUGUGUUUUUAAAAUCUUUCAGUGAAGAAAAAUUGCUCAUCCAGGAGACCUGUACCCCUGUUCAAUGGUAGUGUGUGGAACGGGGUGGGCCACCUCACCAAUGAGACCCACACCUCCAAGGCAGCCCUGAACAGUGAGGACUCAGAGGAGGGGCUCACCAACAGCACCCUGCCCUUGGAGCCCCAUGUCCAGGUCAACGGCCACCACGCAGGUGGGUACCACGGGUUAAUGUUGCAUCGACAACAGCAGGGCUCUCCAACCCUGUUCUUGAAGCGCUACCUUCCUGUAGGCAGGACCGAGUUUGGGAAACCCUGGUAAAGGGAAAGGGGAUACCUAGUCAGUUGCACAACUGAAUGGAUUCAACCGAAAUGUGUCUUCCGCAUUUAACCCAACCCCUCUGAAUCAGAGAGGUGCGGGGGGCUGUUUUAAUCGACAUCCACAUCAUCAGCGCCAGGGGAGCCAUUGUUGUUGGGGGUUAACUGCCUUGGUUAGAAUGUUGUGCCUACGUUGCCAUGGUCGACGGUUUGAGUUCCCUAUGCCUAUGUGCAGUAAGUCUCUUAUCCAUGGCCGCCAGAUUAUGAAUAGUAAAUUGCGCUUUACACUAACAUGACUUUUUAUCAGGGUAGAUCAGCUUUAAUAUUGCAGAUAGAUUGUAUACUAACAUUACUUACAAUUUAUUGUAAACACAAAAAGGUAGAAACUCUUUCCCUGUGGUAACCAAUAGGUAUUUCGGGCACCGUAGAUAAAGAUAGAAACUAACAAAUCAGGUUGCAUGAUGGGUUUUACAUGUGUGUAUUGUUGUUACGUAUACCAUAGGUAUACAGACGUAGCUAUUAUAUUAGGCCUAGAGUUUUCUGUUAUAACAGAACUGAGUAUUGAAUUUGGAUACAAUUCACAAUUGUCAUUAAUAUCCAGUAUGCAGAAUAUCAGAAUAUGAACAUUGCUAUCUUCAACAAUAAUCAGAUCCUCUAACCCAGAUCCUCCAUUAACCAGAUAUCCAUAAAAGGUUUAAAAAUGGAUAGUCAGGCCUCAAUAGCUUAGCACCCUGCCUGCCCACAGUGGGCGGUUGUUCUCAUGGAUCCUUGGCCAUGUGAUCUGAUAAGCUGCUCAGCUUUACUCCCAGAGCUGUUGCAACUCAGCAUUUCCCUGGGAACAGCCACAGACUCCCUGCUCUGAUGGAUUGCCAUUACAUUAUGCUCCUAAAAGCUGGUCUAGGGCCAGUUGUAUUUCUAUUACUUUCACCUCUCAUCAUCUCAUUACAUCAAAUUAGUGAUCACCUUGAGAAAGGAGAAAGGAUACAUUUGGAAUGUGGAACACAUAAUAUGAUGCUAAUGGAGCACAGGCCUCAGCACUGGUUGCAUUUGUGUUGCUUCUUAAUCGGUCCUGCUAGCACUAACUUCUCUCUGAGGGAAGGUUCCCAUAUGGCUAAGAAUCUGACCUGACCUGUAUGGGACGGGGUGCUAUUUGUUUCCAUAGAUCUCGAUGCAGAUUUAUUCAGGCCCUAUCACGUGGCCAGUGACUCAGACAGUGAGGUCUACUGUGACUCAAUGGACCAGCUUGGCCUGGAAGAGGUAAGAGGAAAGGGGAUACCUACAGUGCCAGUCAAAAGUUUGGACACACCUACUCAUUUCAGGGUUUUUCUUUAUUUUUACUAUUUUCUACAUUGUAGAAUAAUAGUGAAGACAUCAAAACUAUGAAAUAACACACAUUGAAACAUGUAGUAACCAAAAAAGUGUUAAACAAAUCAAAAAUAUAUUUUAUAUUUGAGAUUCUUCAAAUAGCCACCCUUUGCCUUGAUGACAGCUUUGCACACUCUUGGCAUUCUCUCAACCAGCUUUAUGAGGUAGUCACCUGGAAUGCAUUUUAAUUAACAGGUGUGCCUUGUUAAAAGUUAAUUUGUGGAAUUUCUUUCCUUUGUAAUGUGUUUGAGCAAAUCAGUUGUGUUGUGACAAGGUAGGGGUGGUGUACAGAAGAUAGCCCUAUUUGGUAAAAGACCAAGUCCAUAAUAUGGCAAGAACAGCUUAAAUAAGCAAAGAGAAACGACAGUCCAUCAUUACAUUAAGACAAGAACUUUGAAUGUUUCUUCAUGUGCAGUCGCAAAAACCAUCAAGCGCUAUGAUGAAACUGGUUCUCAUGAGGACCGCUACAGGAAAGGAAGACCCAGAGUUACCUCUGCUGCAGAGGAUAAGUUCAUUAGAGUUACCAGCCUCAGAAAUUGCAGCCUAAAUAAAUGCUUCACAGAGUUCAAGUAACAGACACAUCUCAACAUCAGCUGUUCAAAGGAGACUGCAUGAAUCAGGCCUUCAUGGUCGAAUUGCUGCAAAGAAACCACUACUAAAGGACACCAAUAAGAAGAGACUUGCUUGGGCCAAGAAACAUGAGCAAUGGACAUUAGACCGGUGGAAAUCUGUCCUUUGGUCUGAUGAGUCCAAAUUUGAGAUUUUUGUUUCCAACCGCCGUGUCUUUGUGAGACGCAGAGUAGGUGAACGGAUGAUCUCCGCAUGUGUGGUUCCCACCGUGAAGCAUGGAGGAGGAGGUGUGAUGGUGUGGGGGUGCUUUGCUGGUGACACUGUCAGUGAUUUCUUUAGAAUUCAAGGCACACUUAACCAGCAUAGCUACCACAGCAUUCUGCAGCGAUACACAGUCCCACUAAGCGCAAACCAGAUGAUGAUGAUCAUUUGUUUUUCAACAGGACAAUGACCCAACACACCUCCAGGCUGUGUAAGGGCUAUUUGACCAAGAAGGAGAGUGAUGGAGUGCUGCAUCAGAUGACCUGGCCUCCACAAUCACCCAACCUCAACCCAAUUGAGAUGGUUUGGGAUGAGUUGGACCGCAGAGUGAAGGAAAAGCAGCCAACAAGUGCUCAGCAUAUGUGGGAACUCCUUCAAAACUGUUGGAAAAGCAUUCCAGGUAACGCUGGUUGAGAGAAUGCCAAGAGUGUGCAAAGCUGUCAUGUAGUCAAUUACACAACUGAAUGUAUUCAACCGAAAUGUGUCUUCCGCAUUUAACCCAACCCCUCUGAAUCAGAGGGCACAAGCACAGUGUACAGACAAGCACAGACAAUGCAAGUACACACUCCAUGUACACAGUACAUGGAGCAUUUCCAAAUCCUCAUGUUCAGUAUGUCUGUUUGGUCCAGGGCUCCGAGGCACAAACUGACCGCUGUCUGGAGCUGGAUGAGGAGCAGGGGGAAGAGGGGGAGACUAGUGGAGGGGCCAGUGUGGCGGGCAUCCAGUGUGGCGGGGAGGAUGGGGAGACUAGUGGAGGGGCCUCUCAGAGACAAAGACUGAAUGCAGAUAGGCCCAAUAGCUCCCUGGUCAGGAGAGAACGAGGUAAGGUGUGUGUGUGUUUAGGCCCUGUCUUACUUCUCUGUUUACCUACAAGUGUAUGUCAGUGUUUACACCUCUCUUCUGUGUUUGCGUGUGUUAUAGGUUCUAGGUCUUCAGGGCACAGUCCAGGUGUCCAGAAGCCCUUGCAGGGUAGCGGGGGGGACAGGGAGCGAUGGGGUGGAGCGGGGACACCAGGAGGCAGUCUGAAUGAGCAGAUCAUAGUGGCGCUGGCCAGACUGCAGGAAGACAUGCAACGUGUCCUGGAGAGACUGCACACACUGGAGGCCCUCACUGCAUCCCAUGUCAGAGACCCACAUUUAGCAUUUGAAUUACUCAAUUAUAUUACAUAGCCUGUUGAUAGUGACUACUGUGGAAAAGGUAUCUAAUAACCCUGUAACAAACAUGCAGUUAUGCAGUACCUGCACACCUCAAUCUUUUGUAUUCAUACUUAAUACUUUUUUGGAUUUUGUAUUUUGGACCAUGACUUUAAGAUGGACUGUAACUUUUUAGGUAUGUUAUAAGUAGUAAUUUGUUGUGUACCUUUCUUCUCUCUUUUUAUAUGUUCUCUAGGCAAGGCCAUCGGCUCUACCAUACCCACCAUCACCCCUGGCAAAGACGAAUAGUAAGGUACGUUGCACUGCCUUUACUGUCUGUCAACGUUUAAUUUGGACUCCCAUAGUCAUAGACUAAAGAUACCCUUUGUAUUUUCCUAGUUUUCUGUCUAUUCACACACAUUUAGAUUCAGAAUAUAGGUACCUUUGGUUUUAGGGAUAUUGUGACCUUCAUUUUGAUCACUUUUUAUUCAUCUGUCCACUAGAAACCAUCCUGGUGGCCUUUCGACGUGUCUCCCAGGACUGUAGCCUUUGCUGUGGUAUGGCCAUUUGUGGUGCAGUGGCUUAUCCGCCGAUAUCUUCAACUUAGGAGA